ACAGUUUCCGUUGAUGACAUCGACAUGUCAUUCGUCAUUUGUUCAGUUCUUUAACUUGAAAGUACGUAAGUUGGAAGUAAAGUUCGUUUGAAAUUAGAAGUUAAUUAUGGGGAUAAAAGGACGGAAACAGGCGUCUAAAACGCCACAGAUAUUUAGUCAUGAAUUUAUUAUUCAAAAUCAUGCCGAUAUUGUAUCUUGCGUUGCGAUGAUAUUUGUUAUUGGGCUAAUGGUUCAGGCAACGUCUUCAUUUGCAUAUAUGUUUAUUGCUGUUCAUCACAACACCUCUGCAGAAGAAAGUGCACCUCGUGAUGGAUUUGAACCUGUGCUGUACAUGUAUGGUUGGAAAGAUGCUUGUGCAGUAUUCUUCUAUUUCCUGAUUUGCAUUGUUAUGCAUGCAAUUGUACAGGAAUACAUUUUAGAUAAAAUUAGUCGUAAACUACACUUGUCAAAGGUGAAGCAUAGCAAAUUCAAUGAGUCCGGCCAGUUGGUGACAUUUUACGUAAUGUCUGUUUUGUGGGGUGGUGACAUUAUAUUCAGAGAGAAUUUUCUGCUGAACAUUCCUUCACUGUGGGAAGGAUAUCCUCACAAUCAAAUGACUUUCAUGUUCAAAUUCUACUUCAUUAUUCAGAUGGCCUACUGGUUGCAUUGUUACCCUGAACUCUACUUUCAAAAGACAAAACGAGAAGAAAUGAUGCCCCGGAUCAGAUAUGCUACCCUAGGAUUCUUCUACGUUUUGGCAGCUUAUUUGCUCAAUUUUACUCGGAUUGGUAUUUGCCUGUUGGUUCUUCAUUACAUUUCUGAAGCAGCAUUCCAUGUAGCAAGACUGAUUUAUUUUGUUGAUAAAGCUGAGAAUGGCAGUAAAGCUGGUUACCUGGUUGCUAACGUUGUUUUCGUGUUUGUUCGACUGGGUUCUAUCAUCAUAUCUGUGCUUACGUUCUGGUAUGGUCUCUCUCUAAACCCAAACCAGGCACUGGAUAUUACUACAGGAAACUUCAACACAUUUUUUGUCAGAGUGGGUGCAUUGGCAGCAGUGUGUUUGCUGCAAGCUUGGCUUAUGUGGAAUUUCAUUACAUUUCACUUGAAGAAAUUGCGUGAGCAGACUGCUGUGCAGACAACCAGUAGUCGCAAACCAAAGGUAGAGAAACGUACAUCAAAGAAGAAGAAGGAAGAACAUAAACGUAACGUUGAAGAUGAUGAACUUCCUGAAGUUGAUCAGAACACGAAGAAGUCGUUGAGAAACAGGUCUCAGUCAGCCAAAGCAAAGUAGAUGUUGAGGGACUGGGCUGCCAUUGGCAUUAGGAAUUGAAUUUAUGAGUUGGAGAAAGAAUUUAAACUUGAUUUUAUUUCCAUUGAGAGGAUAUUUUGGGGUUUAUUCAUUGUUACUAUCGGUCAGAAACAUUUAUCAGCUUACAUGCAUGAGACAAUGCCAAAUAUUAUUUUGUAUUUAAGUUAGCUAAGAAAUUUCUGCAUUUGGUAUGCAAAGUGAAAUUUUGUUUGAACUCUACACUAAACUGCUCAACCUAAUAAUUUGGUUAAAGGUCUAUUUGAUUUUUAAAACAUUGUUCUUAACACAAAAAAAUGUAUGCACUACAAACAAAAUAACGUGCAAAAAAAUUGAAUUUGAUAUCCACACCAGUUAGUAUUAGAACGAGGAGUUUUUUUGCCUUUAAGAUAUUUACUCGUGUGUUUUUAAGUUUUCAUUAAAAUGUUUUUUCCAGAUAACUGCUGUUAUCUGGUAAAUUAUCUGGUGAAGCUUGUUAGAGCUCACAGAAAAUGUGAAAAAUGUAUGUUCUAUUGUUUUAAAUGUUUCUUCAAAAAAAAUUUUUAUUGAUUACUAAUACUGUCAGUUGACCUACAGAACUUAUUUAUUUUAUUUAGGUCACUAGUGAUAACUAGAGACUUGCAAAAUUCGUGGUUUCGAUGGCCUUCAGGAUAGACUGCACAUACCCCUGUACACUCAGGCAAAUAACGCAAGUUCAUUGGCUGCCGACUUGUAAGUCGUCUCAGCUGGUUUGUCUGUGAUUCGAUCCUUCUUUGGUUGAGGGUUUAUAACUGGUUGAGAUUGGUCCAGAUGAACAGUAAGCCAAUACAGGGCCGCAACUAGGGGGGGAGCAAGCGGGGCAUACGCCCCGGGCGCAAAGCUGUGGGGGUGCCGAAAUUGCUUGCAUUGUAAUUCCUACUACAACUGGUAACUGGUAAAAAGUUUUUUAACUUGCAUGCCAGGAAUGUCUAAUCUGAUUUACAAUAUAACGUCUCAACAUAUUUAAUGAACAAGUCUAGUGAUUAUACGGACUACUUUAUGGACAUAGUGGGUUCAUGCAUGGAAGUUACAGUAGCACAGAAACUGUUACAUGUAGGUAUGGAAAAUGCUUAAAUAGCACCAUUUUUCCGUGGGAGGGCCCCCGGACCCCCCGCUUUAUUGGUGUGGUAUGUGCAAAAAUAAAUGGGAGGAGGGGGGAGCGCAUGAAUCCAUUCAUGCCCCGGGUGCCAGAAACUCUAGAUGCGGCCCUGAGCCAAUAGCAAAAUUAUAUAAGAGGUAUAUGUGUUUGAAUUCUAGCCUAUCACCGAAUUAAUCCGCGAAUUUUGCAGGUCUCUAGUGAUAACUAAACUUUUAUUUCUUGGGGAACCUAUUCUAGAAAUGUAAUGGAGAAAUGAUUCGUUAAAAUAGUAAAUAUGGUUCCUUAAUUUGGUGCUUACUAAUUGCAUUCUGUAUUGUCAAUUGUAUGGUGAAUGUUUUUCAAUGAAAUAAAAUCAACAAAAAACUUUUUCAUUUCAUUUGUUUUAUGUUGCUAUAAAAAUUUAAUAUGUGUUUGUGGCAUCUAAAACAAAAUAUUAAAGAAACAUAUUUUUUUCCUUACAGUAUUUUCCUGUUUCGGUAAUGAAAGACCACUUUUAAUGGCAUCAGAAUUUUUUCCUGAUAUAAAAAUGUAAUUUUUUGAAAAUUGUUCUUAUGACUCUUUAUGGUUUGUUAUAAGAUGCAAAUGAGUGUCACAUGUUUUAGGUUGAUAAUUCUCCAGUUAUGUUUCUGGUUGUGGCAUUAAACUAUUGAGUGUCUCAAUGAAAAAAUGAUUUCUUUACAUCAGCGUAAUUGCUGUCAUUAUUUAGUAACUGUUUAAAUUUAUUUAACUUAGUUAUAUUUAAAUAUUUUAAAACUGCAUUUAACUAAAAGUUACUCUAGUGACCAGAACGUUAUUUAUUAGGAGUUUUUUUUUUUUAAUUUUUGGUGAGAGUAGUUGCUAUAAGGUAAGAAAUUGAAAAUAUUAGUUUAUAGCUGUUAUGUGUGUUCAUUAAGAGUUUUUACUAUACAUAUAUUGUAUGUGUGUGUAUAUAUAAUAUGGACUUAGGCUAAGGUCUGUAGAGAGGAGAGUGCUAGAUCCAAAUAUUCUUCUGUGAGUAUUGGUCUAUUCUGAUUUAGCUUGCAUCUUUAUUUUGAAUCGGUUGAUUUCAAUUUUGACCUUCCAACAUAUGAAAAAGCAAAUGAUACCCAAUUGUAGCAGUUGUUUCACUUUGUCACUAAGAAAAUAAAUCAAACCUUCAAAUCUGUUAAUUAUACUAAACAUUGUAACAGUGUUAGAUUACAAUGUACUGUUUCACAAAAGCUAUGCGUACGCCUGUAGAAUUCCAAUAAUAUUAAGGUUCCAUUUAUCCAGGACUCUUCUAGUAAAUGUUUUUUAUUUCGAAGAAUCAUUAUCAAGCUUAAAAAAUAAAAAUAAAAAAGUAAAAGGAAAUACCUAACUGGCAUUCUUCAAAAAAAUCUGUUUUAAAAACUCAGUUUGAUUGUUCCACAAACUAUAGUCCAAAGUUUGAUUGACUUAUGAUUUUAUUUUUGGGUUUUUGCAGGAAAUUGUCACAGUAAUUGUGUGUGUGUUUGUGAGUGCACUGAACAGAUCAUAAUUUUUUUUUGGCUUAACAUUUUGUUGGAUACGCUCAAUGUUACAGUUCAAGGACAUUAGGAAAGAACCAACCAUGGCCUGUAAUGAACCAUUCCAACAUUUGCCUGCAGUAAUUUUGAGAAACCAUGGAAAACUUAAAUCAGGAUAGCCUGGAUCCUAUGGUCUAUAACAUGAGUCCAGUGUCGUACAAUUGCACCAGCUCGCUCCAUCACAAAUUGUAAAAACAUUCAACAUAUCUUAGUGUUAGUUUUUCAUGGUUACAUAUGUAUGUAAUCAAUAGCGCGCGCGCACGCACGCACGCACACACGCACACACACACGCGCACACACACACACACACACACACUCUCUCUCUCUCUCUCUCUCUCUCUCUCUCUAUACUGUGCUGCUAGAAUUAAAAUGAGUCACUUGUGUUCUCUUUUGUUAUCCGCUAAUCAUAACUUACCUACUCUAGCACCCUUGUUGUGAAAGGAUAUGAUACACUAUAGCAAUUUCAAGUGCCGCUUUUUGCAGUCUGUCUAGCUCAAUUAGUGUUGUCAUCUGACAGUCACUGACUGAAAAUUUAUAAACUGAAAGACAGCUUCAUGUUAUGAUGAUUUUUGCAGCAGUGUAUAUAUAUGUAGAAUGUGGAGAAGUUAAAACAUAGCAAGAUAGAAGAUGGUGAGGAGUAAAUGACGUGAUAAGACAUAAAUAUGUUUUUUGCCCCCCCCCCCCCCCCUCCCCCCCAUCAAAUUUUUUGUUUUGUCAGAUUUUGAUGUGCAGUAUUUAUUCCAUUCACACGGCCUAGAAAAUAAUCACUGAUUUUGUACUGUCUACAUUUUGUGGUGCACAAUAACAAGAUGCCUAUAAAAGUGUGGUUUCAUAAAAAAAGCAGAAAACCACGAAUAGAAUUUUUGGCUAGUGGUUCGUAAAAUUCUGUACAAAGGGAAAUCCAAGGGUAAAUCAGAUCCAUGGUAAGAGAAUUGUUAAUGGAUGUUACCUUUGGAUAAUCCAUACUGAACUGUAUUAUCAAUUUUUUGAAAGUUAUAAAGUCCAACUUAGAGAACAAUAUAAUGGUAGCCAUGAAAAGCCUAAACUGACAAUGCCUAAUUCUCUUUGUUGUACAGAACAAACUUCAAUGACGUAUAUUUUAACAUUGUUGUUCUCAUUACUUUUGCAAGUUUUUUGGGAUUUGUCCUUUCUUUAGACCUUUUUAGAACAAACAUGCUUUAGUUUAUUAUAUGUUUAAUUAUUAUGUCAGUUUGGAAUGUGUCAGUUUUAUUUUCUCUCAUUGUGGUGAGAGUGUAGUACUUUAAAGAGUAUUGUAAAUUAACUAAGUGCCUUUUAACACAUAAUGUGAAAUUGUGCUAUAAAUAUUUUAGUUUGAUUGAGAUAAAAAUUUUGCACUGAAUAAUUUUGAGUUGUAUAAUCUGUUACUGUUGAAAAAUGUGCAAACCAAAUUUUACUUGUGUGACUUGAAUUGUGUUUAUUUUUAAUUUUUGCUGUAUUGAAAUACUCAGAAUAUUGAAUGUUUAUUUUGAUGUAACUUUUGUAAGAAGUAUUUUAUGCUGUUACUGUCAAAAUAAAUAAAUUUUUUUUAGGUGAAAUGAAAA